AUGUCUUGGUACGAGUCAGCUGUUCAAAAACUGGACUUACCCAAAAUAGAGUUGUUUAUCAAGGCCGGCAGUGAUGGGGAAAGUAUCGGGAACUGUCCUUUCUCUCAGAGGCUCUUCAUGAUCCUGUGGUUAAAGGGCGUCAUCUUCAAUGUAACCACAGUCGACCUCAAACGGAAGCCCGCUGAUCUGCAGGACCUGGCCCCAGGCACUAACCCUCCCUUCAUGACGUUCAACGGAGAAGUCAAAGUGGACGUCAACAAAAUCGAGGAGUUUUUAGAAGAGAAACUCAGCCCGCCACGCUUUCCCAAACUGGCAGCCAAGCAUCCAGAGUCCAACACCGCAGGGAUUGACGUCUUUGCAAAAUUCUCGGCUUACAUCAAGAACCCAAGAAAAGACAUCAACGAAACUUUAGAGAAAGCCCUGCUGAAGUCCUUGCGCCGGCUGGAUGAGUACCUCAGGAGCCCGUUACCCGAUGAGAUCAACGCAGAUGAAUCGGGCGACGUCCCAGAAUCCACCAGAAGUUUCUUGGAUGGGAACGAGCUUACGUUGGCCGACUGCAACCUGCUCCCCAAGCUGCACAUCCUUAAGGUUGUGGCCAAGAAAUACCGUAACUUUGAGAUCCCGGCGGAAAUGACAGCACUGUGCCGGUACCUGACCAGCGCUUACCAGAGAGAAGAAUUUACCAAAACCUGUCCCAACGAACGAGAAAUACACUUUGCGUACAUAGACGUAGCCAAGAAGAUCAAAUGA